UGGAACACAGCCUUAGUGGUGACGGUUGUGUGACGUCACUCUCUGCCGACCUAGAAGCUCACCAAAGUGUUGUAUCCGUACACUGAGCUCUCUGUUCAUUUAUUUUACAGUCCUGCUUAUUCGGAGAACAGAAUGGCGGUGAACACAGGGACGUCUCUGGUCCUGUCCAGUCUGCUGUCCGUACUGGUCUUUGCUGGCAUGCAGAUGUUCAGCAGGCAGCUGGCCUCAUCUGAGUGGCUCACCAUCCUGGGAGGUUUCCUGGGCUCAUUACUCUUCAUCUGCUCCCUCACUGCCUUUAACAAUCUGGAGAAUCUUGUCUUCGGUAAAGGUUUCCAGGCGAAGAUCUUUCCAGAGAUUUUUCUGUGCCUGUGUCUGUCCCUGUUUGCAUCUGGCUUGGUGCAUCGUGUGUGUGUCACCACUUGCUUGAUCUUCUCGCUCUUCGCUUUGUACUACAUCAACAAAGUGUCGGCGGCUCUUUACCAGGUGGCCGCGCCUGUAGCAACUCCUGCCAAAACCAGUGGCAAGGGCAAGAGGAAGAACUGACUGAACCUUCCCCAUCGUCACAGCAACACUGAUUAUUUGUUAUAAUGCAGUAAUAUUUUGUCAGAAAUUUGGCCCAUUUUAUGAUUCCUCUGCAUUCCACAGACCAUAUAAAUCCCCAAUCAGGAGUCACAAAGAUUGUCAAUAUCCCUAAAAAUAAUGCAUAUUGUUUGUGUAUGUAUUUCUGUCUCAGCAUUGUGUUACAUUUGUUCACACAUUGCAGUAAACCUUCCUGUAUUGAUUACUGAUCGACUCUGCAAAGAUUUCUCAUGUAUUUCCAGUCAUAGCUGUGUAAAUUGAUUUCACUUAUCAGGUAUUUUUGUUAAAGGAUUUGCUAUUAAAACAUUUAAAAGCCUUAAAAAAA